AGACACUUUCCCAUCGUUAGCCUCUCGCAUACUUCUUCACUGCCGCUUUCCCACCGCCGAUUUUCUCUCUUCUCCAUAUCUGCGAGCUUGCUUCCAUGGUUUCUAUUACUAUUGCAAUCAACUCCUAAUCAACUUAUCCUCUCCCAAAUCAAACCCUAGCUCCUAUUAUCAAUUUCAAAUUAAAGGUUGAAGUAAUCUCCCUUGACAACAAACUUGAUUAAAGAAUUAGCAUAGAUAAUUCUGAUUGACCAUUUGGAUAAUAGCAUCUCUAAUGGCACAAUCUGUAAGUUUGAUUCAUACAAGCCCCCUCAAAUUGGGCUUCAUUCCUCAAAGAAGAGUUUCACAUGGGAAAUAUGGAAUGCUUGUUUCCAGAGCAUCACCUAGGAUUCUCAGUAUCCAAGCUGUACAGGAGAAUGGGGGGCCGCGAAGAUUAGUUGACAUUAUUAGAAUUGUGCCUGAGCUCUCCAGGAACUACUUUCGAAGUCCUUCAAGGAGGGCACUUUUUGGUGGAAUAUCCUUGUUGGGUGGAUUUUAUGUGGCCCAAACCAUCUCUCUGUCAUUUGGAGCUUUAGGAGUAAACGAUGUCAUUGCUGCAGUGAUAUGUGUUCUUCUGACAGAGUAUGUGACAAGGUUUUAUUACAGCCGGCCAAAGGUAACCUUCCCCAUUGCCCUUCUCAACAAUUUCAAGAUGGGCUUCACUUAUGGCCUCUUUAUUGACGCAUUCAAGCUGGCUAGUUAAUUGUAUCAUUGGAAGCUCUGAGUUUUGGGUUUUCCCACAUUCUGUUUGUUGGAGCCUGGAGGUGUUUUCGUUCUGUAAAGUUCUUUUAUUUCAUGCUUCUUUCAGUUAUGAAAGAUGUAUUUUUAUCUUUCUACUAGUUUUUCUCAUGUUCUUUGACUUUCAGUUUUGAGGAACAUAUCCUUUGAUUUCGCAAAUAUAUAAAACUUUGAUUUCGCAAAUAUAUAAAACUUAAUAUCUAA